ACACAGGCACAGCUUUUAUAGUGCUCCCAGGACCCAGAUAAUACCAUAAGAAGCUUGAAUCGGCCGUCCUGUCCGAGAAAAUUAAGAUGGGGAGCUCAACCAAAACUCAUCUUCUGUGCAUGGCUCUCCCCUUCCAAGGCCACAUCAACUCCAUGCUCAACCUGGCCAAAGUUCUCCACUUCAAGGGCUUCUUCAUAACCUUCGUCAAUACCGAGUACGCCCACCAGCAACUUCUCAAACAUGACGGAUCACUCUCCGCCCUCGACGGCCUCCCUGACUUCCGCUUCGCCAGCAUCUCCGAUGGCCUCUCGCACCCCGACGAUGGCGACGAAUACAGAGAAGACGUUAGAAAAAUCAUUCUUGCCAGCCAAAAGAACUGCCCUGCUUCUUUCCUCAGGCUUAUAACCGCGCUGAACGAUCCGAGCUCCGGUGUGCCACCUGUAAGAUGCGUGAUCUCAGAUUCCUUCGUCACCUUCACCCUCAACGCCACCACCAAAUUGGGGAUCCCUAAUGUCUUCUACUGCACAGUGUCCGUGUGUGGCUUCACGGACUUCUACUACUGCAAGGACUUGAUCGAGAGGGGCCUCGUCCCAUUGAAAAGUGAAGACGAUCUUACAAAUGGGCACCUGGACACUAUCAUUGAUUGGAUACCAGGAAUGAUAACAGUUCGCAUGAGAGAAUUGACUAGUUUGUUGCGAACCACCGACCGAGACGAAGUAUUGCUCAACUUUGUCAUUGAUGGAGUGCAUGCAUCUCCCCAAGCCACAGCGAUCAUCUUCAACACUUUUUCUGAAUUAGAAUCACCAUUGCUCAGCGCAUGUUCAUCGAUGCUACCGCCAGUGUUCGAUAUUGGCCCUAUGUGCCUACUUUCUCACUACAUUCCCAAUGACUCAUCAACCUCAUCGCUCGGUGGACUGAACAUGUGGAGAGAGGACUUGCGCUGCAUGGAAUGGUUAGACGAAAAGGAGUCAGGCUCCGUGUUGUACGUCAACUUUGGUAGCUUGACAAACUUGACGAGCAAGCAGGCCGUGGAGUUCGGAUGGGGUUUGGCUAACAGUGGAUGCACGUUUCUUUGGGUCAUUAGACCGGACCUCGUGGUCGGCGACGCGGCGUUGUUGCCACAGGAGUUCUCGGAGAUGACCGAGGGAAGGAGCUUCAUCACGAGCUGGUGCCCACAACGGAGGGUGUUGGCUCAUGCUGCAAUUGGAGGUUUCUUGACACACUGCGGAUGGAACAAAAUUAAGUUCAUAUUUCUAUAACAAAAUUGCUGUGCAUAAUUAAGGUAACGAUCCUGCUGAAGCUUGCUAAUGCCAAUCAUGAUCAGAGUCACUCAAUUUGCUAGAACAAGAAUCCUCAGACGUAUUCAAUUUCCUCAGCUAGAUCGAGGGAAGUACCUAAAAUACUGGUAUAUCAGUUCAAGUUUUAU